CUAGGGGAGCUGGAUAAUGAACAUAUUUUCAAAAAAAGUGGAGUGUGCCACCCAUCUUACAUACUUCAUUGACAAGUAUGAGUCCUGUGAUAUUAGCAAAAACAGUACAUAUGACACCUUUACCCAAAAUCGAGGCAUUACGAGAUGGCUAGUGUGACGUUGUCCUAAUUAUAUUGGUCGAUACAUCAUUCACUACCUAGAACAUAUUAAAUACCCAUUAUUUCUAUUUCACUUGCUGCCCCAUCUCCAUUAUGUCUGCCUGUCUUCACAAUAGUAAUGACAAUUUGAAUGGACCCUAUUUGCAUAUUUUUUGCAUUUGUACUACAGAAGUUCUUUAAAAUGAUUUGAAUUGUAUGUUUUACCACUGCAAGAAAAACCCUAAUGUACGCCUUGAAUUAAAUAGAGUGGGAGGUGCAAUGUGGGUCGUGUGUGAGUCUAUUAAUCAUAAGAAGAGAGUUGGAGGAUAAACACCUUCAAUGAGGCAAUGCAGCGGUGAGACGAGGUGUGCGGUUGUGCGUCUGCGUCGGGAAGGAUGGGGGUAAGUGAGGGAGUUGAAAUGAAGGGAUCUUGCUGUUGCCUGGCUACCGGCGGGAGCUGUUCAGUCGCUCUUGUCUCCAGCCACCUCUCCCACACGAGCAGCGUGCAUCAGUCAAUGAGUACUGCAUGUGCUCUCUUUCUCACCCCCACUUCUACACUUACACGCAUACGUGCUGUUUUGCUAACGCAGAGCCCCGGUCGGCUUUGCAUCUGUGAAUGGGAGAGAAGAGCAGAGAUGGAAAGCCUGUGCUGGUUUAGCACAUAUCACAAUGAACCAAAGGUAAAGAUGUCUCAGGUGAAGCAGGUCGGCCUGUUGGCUGCUGGAUGUCAGCCCUGGAAUAAAGAUGUGUGUGCUGCGAGUGGGGACAGGUUUGCAUAUUGUGCCACACUCGCCAUAUAUGUGUACCAACUUGAUCACAGAUACAAUGAGUUUAAACUGCGGGCAAUCAUGUCUGAACACAAGAAGACCAUCACAGCCAUAUCAUGGUGCCCACACAACCCUGAUAUGUUUGCCAGUGCCAGCGCAGAUAAUCUGCUCAUCAUCUGGAAUGUGGCUGAGCAGAAGGUUGUUGCACGCCUGGAUAACACUAAAGGUAUUCCAGCCUCCAUAAGCUGGUGCUGGAAUGCAGGUGACAGUGUUGCAUUUGUAUCCCAUCGUGGUCCUCUGUACGUAUGGACCAUCUCUGGGCCUGACUCAGGAGUCACGGUGCACAAGGAAGCCCACAGUUUCCUUUCGGAUAUCUGCUUGUUCCGCUGGCAUACACUGAAGAAGGGAAAAGUCGUGUUUGGACACACUGAUGGAAGUCUGUCAAUCUUUCAACCAGGCUCCAAGAAUCAAAAGCAUGUGCUGCGACCUGAGUCCUUAGAAGGCACAGACGAAGAAGAUCCAGUCACAGCACUAGAGUGGGAUCCUCUCAGCACAGACUACCUGCUGGUGGCUAACAUGCACAAUGGCAUCAGACUGCUGGAUUCUGAGUCUCUGUCCUGCAUCACUACCUUUAGUUUCCCAAGCGCUGCUGCUUCCGUGCAGUGCCUGGCCUGGGUGCCCAGCGCUCCAGGCAUGUUUAUCACAGGGGACUCUCAAGUUGGCGUGUUGAGAAUAUGGAAUGUAUCGAGAGUGACACCGCUGGAUAACUUCAAGCUUAAGAAAACCGGCUUUCAUGCACUUCAUGUAUUAAACUCUCCGCCUGCAAAGAAAUCAUUUAGCUCAAUCUCCCCUUCCAAGAAUCACUACACUUCCUCCACUAGUGAGGCUGUGCCUCCACCUACUCUUUCACAGAACCAGGCCUUCUCCCUCCCGCCCGGUCACGCUGUCUGCUGUUUCAUGGAUGGAGGGGUGGGACUGUAUGAUAUGGGCACCAAAAAGUGGGAUUUCCUGCGUGAUCUGGGUCAUGUUGAAACCAUCUUUGACUGCAAAUUUAAGCCAGAUGAUCCAAACCUUCUAGCUACAGCUUCAUUUGAUGGGACGAUAAAGGUGUGGGACAUAAACACUUUAACUGCUGUAUACACAUCACCUGGCAAUGAGGGAGUGGUUUACUCUUUGUCCUGGGCCCCUGGAGACUUAAACUGCAUAGCAGGGGCCACAUCCAGGAAUGGUGCCUUUAUUUGGGAUGUAAAGAAGGGGAAAAUGAUCACAAGAUUCAAUGAGCAUGGGAAGAAUGGUAUUUUUUGUGUUGCUUGGAGCCACAAAGAUUCCAAAAGAAUAGCCACAUGCAGCGGAGAUGGGUUUUGCAUAAUUCGAACCAUUGACGGUAAAGUCUUGCACAAAUACAAACAUCCAGCGGCAGUGUUUGGCUGUGACUGGAGUCAAAAUAACAAAGAUAUGAUUGCAACUGGCUGUGAAGACAAGAAUGUUAGAGUUUAUUAUUUGGCCACCAGCUCAGAUCAGCCACUAAAAGUCUUUACGGGUCACACAGCCAAAGUAUUUCAUGUGCGUUGGUCGCCCCUCAGAGAGGGCAUACUGUGUAGUGGAUCAGAUGAUGGAACUGUUAGGAUUUGGGACUACACCCAAGAUGCCUGCAUUAAUGUGCUGAGUGGCCACACGGCUCCGGUUCGGGGUCUGAUGUGGAACACAGAGGUACCGUACCUGUUGACCUCAGGGAGCUGGGACUACACCAUCCGUGUCUGGGACACCAGAGACGGCACCUGUCUAGACACCGUGUAUGACCACGGAGCCGAUGUCUAUGGUUUGACAUGUCACCCCAGCUGUCCGUUCACAAUGGCUUCCUGCUCCAGAGACUCAACAGUCAGGCUGUGGUCACUCACUCCUCUUAUUGCUCCCUUAAUGGUCAACAUUCUUACUGAUCACAGCUGGGAUGAUAUCAUUGGCAACACUGAUCGUGCUAUGGUUCCCGGGGCCCCUCCCCUCCUGUGUGGAAAAGUUUCCAGAGAUAUCAAACAGGAGCUGGAUAAACUCACCAGCGAUGUUCGCAUGAAGAAGCUCAGAUGGUUUUCAGAGUGUUUUUCUCCACCAGGGGGGAGUCAAAACUUGUGGGACCUUGUUGCUGUGAUCAACGGGCAAGAUGAUAGUCUUCUCCCACAGAACUAUGGGCAGGGCAUCGUGCAUAUGAAACAUUUGGUUCGCUUUAAAACUUCUGAAGCACAGGAAUUGACCAUAGUAAAGAUGUCAAAGUUUGGAGGUGGAAUUGGAGCGCCCAGUAAAGAAGAGCGGCUAAAGAAUGCAGCAGAAAUUCACAUCAGGCUGGGUCAAAUCCAGAGAUACUGUGAGCUUAUGGUGGAACUGGGAGAGUGGGAAAAGGCUCUUUCUGUCGCUCCUGGUGUGUCCAUGAAGUACUGGAAAAAGCUUAUGCAAAGGAGAGCAGACCAGCUCAUGCAGGAAGGCAAUGACGACGUCAUUCCGUACUGCAUCGCCACUGGCGAGGUGAAAAAGUUGGUGAAUUUCUUCACCUCGAGAGGUCAGGUGAAAGAAGCUGUGCUGGUGGCUCAGGGGGCUUGUGAAGGAAAUAUCCGUGGACCUCAGGUCAUGCCAAUAAACCACACUGCAAAUUCAGACAAUGACAACAUAGAGAAGUACUGCGGGCUUUUGCAUCGAGUGUGUAAAGAACUGGCGGAGUGGUAUUUCCAAGAUGGCCGCGCUGUAUUGGCGGCCUGCUGUCACCUGGCUGUAGACAAUUCUGAACUGGCUAUGGCAUCACUGAUCAGAGGCAAUGAGCUGGAACUUGCAGUAUGUGUGGGCACAGUCCUGGGAGAAUCAGCCAGUAAAGCCACCCACUAUGUUCUGGAGCUCCUGGCCAGGAAGUACAUGACCACUGCCACAUGCUUUCCAUCUGUGGCAUGCAGGGAUCUUGCAGCUGGAUUACUUCAGAUGAUCCCUGAUAAUGAAAUCCUGUUAGCCAAACUGUGUGCCUUUUACCCUGGCAGCUCAGCUGAAAUCAACGACCUGCACGAAAAGUGUGGUCUACCGACAUUAGAAGAAUGUAAAGAGCUUGCUGAGAGUGCAUAUGCUGAUGGGGAAAUCUUCCAAGCAGUAAAGUAUUACCUCCUGAGCCAAGAACCAGAAAAGGCUCUUCCCAUUGGGAUCUCAUAUGUCAAAGAGCAGCUGAGCUCUCCUGACUGGACUGUAGACUCUGUAUAUCACAUUUUAGACCUACUGAGUUACAUCAGAACUGACCGUCUUAUUCUCCCAAAGUGUAGUGAAGAGCGCAAUGAAUUGCUCAUUCUUUGUGGAUAUAUUGGUGCACUAUUAGCCAUCGGGAGACAGUAUUCAAGUAUAGUGCCUGCAUUGUAUGAAUACACAAGUCAGCUGCUGAAGAGAAGGGAGGUGGCUGUGCCUUUGCAGAUCGAGCAGUUGUCUGUAGAGUUGGAGGCCUGGAGAGUGUGCACUCAAUUUCUCAAAGCGCCAGAUGAAAGCUUGUACAGUUCACCAUCUGAGGCCCAGAAACUAGAGUACAACCAGCUGUUGAGUCGGAUGAGAGAGGAGCCCAUCAAGGGCCUAGAGGGUCCUGACUAUGUCACCGGUUCCAAUCUGCCCAGUCACUCUGAUGUCCAGAUUUCCUGCUUCACAGGCCUUAGGAUACAGGGUCCCAUGUUCUUCCUGGAGGAUGGCAAAUCAGCCAUUUCUUUAAAUGAUGCCCUCAUGUGGGCGAAGGUGAACCCAUUCUCUCCGCUGGGAACGGGUAUACGCCUCAACCCCUUCUGAGCACAAAUACAUGAAUGUGAACAGUAUUAUUUCUGGUCCGGCUCUGGCAAUUCAGCAACUGGUAGCAGAACAACAACAUUCCCGUAGGACAGCAGAAGGUCAUAAAUUGUUCGAAUCAACAUUUUUUUGAGGCUUUGCCUUGAUUGCUCACCUCAAUGUGCUUCAUGAUGUGCUUGUUACAGUAAGACUUGCAAACAUAUGCAAAGAAUCAGAUUAGCAGUCUUGUGCAUUGCCAUUUGUAACAUCUAAAUAACAUUAUGGAAAUUUUGUGCCGGAUGCGCUGAUGAAUGUUAUACAUGAAGUGGGACAAUUGUUGACACAGAAGGGUUAAGUUGUAGUUAAUACUAGAACCAAAAGGAUUUCUCAAUUCUAGCUGCUAUUUAGUUGGUAUUGUGAUUAUGAAGGUCAAGCUUUUGGAUCAUGCACUCUUAUGAAUGUUUUGUAGAGCUAACUUAUUUUUCAAGAUUUAAGUACAGGGGUAUUUAUCUUUUUCUUUUUUAUUUAAUUGGUUAAUUUAGCUGCUUUUACAUGAAAACUAUUUGGCAAUCAUGUCAGUUAUCUAUGUAUAAAAUAUACUAAUUGACUAUUGAAUAUACAUCUUAUUUUGUGGAAGAACCAAAUAGGAGUGCAGAGAGUUUAAAACUUCAGUAAUUUAGUUUCAAAGGCUUACUGCUACAAAGUGUGAAGAGGAGAUUAAGCCUUGCGUUUACAUUCAAAAUAUGUGUCUAGAUUAAUUUAGGCAAUAAGUUUGUAAAAAGCACACAUACAGUAUAGUUAGACGCAGUACAAUCGUGCAGAAAGCUAUAUGUCUGGAGUGUAUUUAUAAAGACAAAAUGUGUAUCAAAAUGACAUAGUACAUAAGACAUAGAUAUUAAACAUAGGGGCAGUUUCCAGGACUAGGCCAUAGUUAUAUAGGACAUAUUAGGACAAAGUAGUUUUUACAAGCAAACCUUACAAAAAAUAAUACAGGUGUGCAUCUUGAGUUAAAACAACAGCACUGAUAUACACGCACCUAAAGGAUUAUUAGGAACACCUGUUCAAUUUCUCAUUAAUGCAAUUAUCCAAUCAACCAAUCACAUGGCAGUUGCUUCAAGUUUCAAGUUGCAUGGCAGUUGCAUUUAGGGGUGUGGUCCUGGUCAAGACAAUCUCCUGAACUCCAAACUGAAUGUCAGAAUGGGAAAUAAAGGUGAUUUAAGCAAUUUUGAGCGUGGCAUGGUUGUUGGUGCCAGUCGGGCCGGUCUGAGUAUUUCACAAUUUGCUCAGUUACUGGGAUUUUCACGCACAACCAUUUUUAGGGUUUACAAAGAAUGGCGUGAAAAGGGAAAACAUCUAGUAUGCGGCAGUCCUGUGGGCGAAAAUGUCUUGUUGAUGCUAGAGGUCAGAGGAGAAUGGGCCGACUGAUUCAAGCUGAUAAAAGAGCAACUUUGACUGAAAUAACCACUCAUUACAACCGAGGUAUGCAGCAAAGCAUUUGUGAAUCCACAACACGCACAACCUUGAGGCAGAUGGGCUACAACAGCAAAAGACCCCACCGGGUACUACUCAUCUUCACUACAAAUAGGAAAAAGAGGCUACAAUUUGCACAAGCCCACCACAAAUGGACAGUUGAAGACUGGAAAAAUGUUGCCUUGUCUGAUGAGUCUCGAUAUCUGUUGAGACAUUCAGAUGGUAGAGUCAGAAUUUGGCGUAAACAGAAUGAGAACAUGGAUCCAUCAUGCCUUGUUACAACUGUGCAGGCUGGUGGUGGUGGUGUAAUGGUGUGGGGGAUGUUUUCUUUGCACACUUUAGGUCCCUUUUUGCCAAUUGGGCAUCAUUUUAAAUGCCACAGCCUACCUGAGCAUUGUUUUUGACCAUGUCCAUCCCUUUAUGACCAUCAUGUAGCUCGAAUCAUUUAAAAUUGUUUUCUUGAACAUGACAAUGAGUUCACUGUACUAAAAUGGCCCCCACAGUCACCAGAUCUCAACCCAAUAGAGCAUCUUUGGGAUGUGGUGGAAUGGGAGCUUCAUGACCUGGAUGUGCAUCCCACAAAUCUCCAUCAACUGUAAGAUGCUAUCCUAUCAAUAUGGGCCAACAUUUCUAAUGAAUGCUUUUAGCACCUUGUUGAAUCAAUGCCACGUAGAAUUAAGGCAGUUCUGAAGGUGAAAGGGGGUCAAACACAGUAUUAGUAUGGUGUUCCUAAUAAUCCUAAAUAAUUGGUGAGUGUAUGUUGAGAUAUGUCAAUGCAACAUAUUUUUAAAUUAUGUCAGCUCAAACAUGCAUUUUAGGUAUAGGGACUUGUACAACUUUAGUACUAAUUGCAACUAAUAACUAAAUUGCAACACUGUUCAAAAGUUUAGGGUCAUGAUCUUAAAAAACCUUUCAAUCUAAAUGCAUAUGUCCAAAUGUUUAAAAUUGGGAAAAAUAUAACUGUGCCAAAAUAAUAUUUCAUUAUAAUACACUCAGUGUGAAUACAAAUGGUUUAUAAAAAUGGGUGGCUACUUUUAAGAUUAACAAUAACAUAUUUGUGUCAUUACAAAGUUUUGAUAAGUUUGUUAUUAGUCUACAUGUUAAGGAUGAAUAAGUGACUCUAAACUUUAAAUUUUUGAAUGAUUUGUUGCUGUUUUUGUUGGAAUUGUAUAUGAAGAUUUGAACCCCACAUGCAGAGACAUAUUUUCAUCAAAUUGCACUGUGAAUUGUAUUUAUUUGUAUAUAGUUUUAUUGUAGAGUUUGUUUAAAAAGGCUAAAAUGCGUGUACAUAACAUUACUCGCAUGAUCGUUGUCCUUACACAACAGAGGGAAUGACAUAUUGAUUCUGGAGACCAGGAGGACCUAUCCAAAUCCAUCAACUCUGCAUGAACCAAGCAUCUCAUCUGUUCCCUAUUGACAACAAUGAAUUUAUCAUAAAAUUACAAGAUGAUAUAUGUAAGAAUUGGCAAGACUAUGUCGACCUUUUUGUGAUAAUUACUAUUAAAAAGAUUACAUGUACAA